CCGCUUCUCGCCCCACUCCCACCCCACCUGACUAACCCUAGUGCCCUUUCUCCUUCCCCUCCAUCCCCACCAGCCGCCACACCCCUCCCUCUCUCCCUCAUCCUCUCCUCACCCGCAGCUGUCGGCCUGGUUUCUCCACUCACAUCCUCCUCUCCUCUACCAUGUUGUCGUAGAUCCACCGCCGGCCUUCUCGUCUGCUUGCAUAGGUCAUCAUCGUGGGAGAGCAGUAGCGGCAGGGUCUUCGUGGUGCGGGUGAGGAUGUAGGGGAGGGGUAGGAUGCGACGACAAGGCGAAGGAGGAGGCCGGCGAGGAAGGCAAGCAACAGCAGGGAAGGAGCAGGGUGAGUUAUCCUAGCGGGUGGGAAGGGGCAGGGUGAGGCCUCGCGCACCUGCCGGCGGCCAGCAGGUCGAAUUGUCGUGCCACCAUGAGGCACCAUGAGGAGUGGAACGCAAAGAUCAAGCGAUGGCCGGACAACAGGAGGAAGGAGCUGACGGUGGUCAUAGUUUGCCUCUACCUUGCUGUGUGCCAAAGACAGAUCCAGAAGAUAUGAAUAAUAAUUUAAGUGGAUGGCCGAUGCGCCUUGUUGUUUAGUGGUAUGCUGGCGGUGGAAGUAUGUUCUAUAUUACGGGCAAAGCUUGCUGCAUGUGUAGCACCGCUAGUUGCUCCCUACUUGGCAUAUUAUCUUCACUUGGUGAUGUGAAGGUUAGCUACUGUGAUCAAGGAAAUAGCAUGUAUCUUUGUGGUUUGUUCCUGCUGUUGAUCGGCGUUGCUGCGCUUAAGCUGCUGGAGGGGAAAGAGCAGAGGAUCCGAGAGGCGAAGCAACCGAAGGAGCCGGAGAACAUGACCCCUGUCCUAUGUACGGCCAUAUCCCCCAUGGCUUCUACAAGGACCAGAUGCAAGGUUUCUUUUAGGAGCUUGGGGCUAUUAAGAAGAGGGUCAGUAUUGUCCGGAACCGCAAGGUAUUCUAUACUGCGUUGCAAGAUAUCUGAUGUAAUUAUAAAUGGCAUUACGAAUGAGUAGAUCCGACUUGGGGAUGGCAUGGUUGAUGUAUGCAACCAUGGGAGUGUCAGCUUAGUCUGGUCCUCAUCGACCAAAGGCUCCCGGGCUUGGCCAUCGGCAGAGUUAUGCGAAACAAGGUUUUUUAGGGAACUCUUUUGAAAGGCAUGUGUGUAUAGAACACAUGUUUCAUCGUCUUCUCUUUUUUUCAUGAGUUGUCGAACAGAUCUUAUGAAGCUUGAUUGAUAGUGUUUCAACUCAGAUGAAGUAUUCUGGAUGAUCAGUUUUGCAGAUCCUGGAGAUCAUUAUACCUUCUGUACAAUGCACUGUUCGGGAGUGUUGCAUGCCUUUGUAUUGUGUUCCUGAACCUUGCUAAGUUUGUCCAUGUCCAAGUCUUUUGUUCUAAGAACUGUUUUGUUGCAUC